AUGAUUCUUGCACAGCGUGGUGAUAAAUCCUUUCCAAUCAUGCUAUGCUUAUGCAGUGGACGAUCACAACCAUUAUUUUCCGCAAUUUUUGGCUUUCUUCAACAGCAGGGACCAACAUUAUGCAACAAUAUUGACACAAUUGUUUCAUCUUUAGAGAAAGAACUGAUCUCCUCCAUCAGAGAAAGUUUUCCAUUAAAAAAUGUCAGAUAUGACUGGAAAAAUGUAGUUAAGAGUUCAAGCUCUUACAAUGAUGCAUUAAAGUUCUCAUGGGCACUACUAUUGGUUCCUAUAAGUCUUCGAGAAGAAGCUUUUAAGAAAAUUUUGGAAGAAGCUGAAAAAAUUGAAGAUGCUUAUAAAGAGAUGCCAAACUAUUUAAGAUAUCUACAGAGAUUGGACAGAAUUUUAAAAAGUUCCGGACCAAUAAGAGUGAUAAAUAUCACAGGAACUUUCGCUCAAGACUUGAUCGAGCAGUGUGGAACUGGGGACCUAUCGAUAUUUACAUUAUUAUCGACAAUGAAAAGUGCUCUGCAAAACGGGUCACUGCUUUUAAAAUCUACUCAGUCUAGUACUCCAGUGAUUGAUCAUUUCUCAAAUCAGCACAUAAUCGAAACAGGACAAAUAACAAUCGAAACUUUCUUGAUCGAAGUGAUAGAGCCAUAUAUGAACGAGCUAAUUUCACAAAUUAAAUCGAGUCAAAAGUCCGAUAUUAAGUCACCAGUUUUCAAAGAGAUCGAGGAUCCUAAAAGAGUCAAAGAUGAACGCAAUAGGUAUCGAACUUCGAAUGAGAUACAACCGGUAAAUGUGAACAGAAUUGAUUCCUUUCGUAAGACAACCAGCGCUACAACAAAAGGUAUUGGAACAUUUGGGAUGACCCAGCAGCAGUCAUUACCGGCUUUUCAAGCGCGAAAAACCGUGCUGCGUCAAUCGAAUAAAGAUUUAACACCGUCUGUAGAUUACCUUGGACCACGAAGUACAUUCACAAGACUGAGAUUAAAUAAUCCUUGUGCUACGGCUACGUAUGUUCCUAGUAGUUUAAAACACUCUACACCGCAAAAAAAACCAGUUGGCGCUAAUCCUACUCUAGGGUUUUCAUUGGAGAGCGCAGGUACAGAUUAUUGUCGUGACCAGGAAUGCGAUCGUGAAUUUGAAAGAACACGUCGAAGCCUCGGAACUAUUGGUGAAGAUGAGUUCCCUGAUUAUCGACAUGAACUGAAAUUCAAAUCACGUUUUCCACAAUUACGAAAUAAUGAAGAUCCAACUUGGAAUGUAAACACCACCAGCACUGGAAUGAAAAGUUUUGGCACCUUUGGGAAGACCCAGCAGCAGUCGUCACCGGCUUUUCAAGCGCGAAAAACCGUGCUGCGUCAAUCGAAUGAUUAUCUAACACCGUCUGUAGAUUACUCUGGACUACGAAGUACAUCCACAAGACGGAGACUUAAUAUGUCUUGUGCUACGGCUACGUAUGUUCCUAGUAGUUCAAGAGACUCGACACCGCAUAAAAAAUCAGUUUCCGUUAAUCCUACUCUAGGGUUUUCAUUGGAGAGCGCAAGUACAGAUUUUCGUCUGGACCAGGAAUCCGAUCGAGAAUCACGUCGAACAUUGACUAGAUAUACGGAUGCAGAAUACCUUGAAGAUUCGCUUAUAAUUGGAUCUCUGGACACUGACGCUGGAGCGAAUAUUGACGUGGUAGAUAUCCAUGAAAGUCCCUCAUCUGACAACGACGACGUCGCACAUUCGAUUCCAAGGUUGCUAACAACUCCGAAUUCUGAAGUUUUACCUUCACCGAUAGAAUUUUCUACGGUUAAUGUGGUUGCAGAGGUAAUCGAAAAUCCGCUUCACAACGAAUCUACUGGCAGAGGAGAUGGAGGGUUAUCGACUGCUCCAGUUAAUUCCAGAUCGCUGCCAAUAUCAAGUCCUGAAGUUCAACCUCCAGCUGAAGAAUUUUCUACGAGCAAUGUGGUUGCAGAGGUAAUCGAGGAUCCUCUUUUAAACGAAUCUGCUGGCAGAGGAGAAGAAGAGUCUCCUUCAGGUAAUGCGGCGCCAGAUAUACUUGAGGAUACCCUUCGUCUCGGAUCUGAUGACAGUGAUAAUGAAGAUAAUCCUGGAAAUUCAGGGACUGCCACCGCGCGACCUUCUGAAAAUGACAUUAUCGUCAUUGAUUCAUAUAGUGAACAAGAUGAUGAUGAAAACCAGCGCUGCUGCUGCUGUCGAGUAAAUCGAGCGUACUUAGUUGCUUACAAAGCACUGAGCAGA